AAAUGGCCGACAACCGAUAAUGACCGUCCCAAUUGGCUCACAGCGAGCAUUUCGCAUCUAGCUCUAUACUUAUGUGAUGUAUAUACUAAAAAGUAUCGCCUCACUGUUGAAUUAGCGAAUAUUCUCGUUUUCAGGAAACAAAACUACAUUUCCCACAGCGUUUUGCGCUCACGUGAAAGUGUUACACCAGAGGACGUCAACAAACUCUCCUUAAAAAUGCUUGAAAUCCGUAGCCAGCUUCCUCUAAAGUCCAUUGCUUGACUCGCACUUUAAGGGAAAGGACCGGUUGAAACAGGUAUGGCUCAAUCUACUGAGAAGAAAUUAACAGGCCUGGUUGCCGCCACAUUCACUCCAUUUACUGCUCAAGGUGAAGUCAACCUAGCAGAGAUCGGACCUUACAUCGACUACUUGAUCACGACGCAAGGCGUAAAUAGCAUUUUCGUGAACGGCACCACCGGUGAGGGCAUGUCACUCAGUGUUGCUGAGAGGAAGUUACUGGCAGAGGAGUGGUGUCGGAAAGCAAAGGGAAAAAUGGAGCAGGUGAUUAUUCAUGUUGGCUGCACGAGUCUUAAAGAAUCACAAGAACUGGCUCGCCAUGCUGUGGAGAUUGGAGCAGACGGGAUAGCGGUCAUUUCGCCGUCCUUCUUCAAACCUCGCUCGGCAGAGUCGCUGAGGGCGUACCUUCAGAAUGUGGCUACCGCAGCCCCCACAGUGCCUUUCUAUUACUACCACCUUCCAGGUCUUACUGGCGUUAAUGUGCCAGCAAGUGACUUGCUGGAAGGAAUAGAGACGCUCAUUCCCUCUUUCCGAGGGGUCAAAUUCUCUGGCAGCGACCUGAUGGAUUUUGGCCAGUGUAUCAACCAUACCCAGCCUCACUGGUCCGUCCUGUAUGGCGUGGACGAGCAACUGUUAGCGGCUCUUGCGUUGGGAGCCCACGGAGCGGUUGGCAGCACGUACAACUAUCUGGGAAGUCACAUGAAGAAGCUGCUGUCAGAGUUCGAGAGCGGAAACCUGGAGCAAGCUAGGAGUCUUCAGUUCAAGAUGCAAGAGCUCAUCAGCCACGCCGUCAAAGUUGGAUUCGACGUGGGCGUCAACAAGCAGCUGAUGGCCGAAGUGUCCGGCCUGCAGUUGGGCCCGCCUCGCCUGCCCAUCAUGCCGUGUCCUAAAGUGCACGCCGUGUCCAUCAAGCAGAAGUACCAGCACCUCUUCUCCGUACACUGAUAUCACCGCUCAGCCUUCUGGGAAAAAUAAUUGUUACACGCAACGCUUCUAUGAAAUAAUCAAGGAAUUCAUUUUUUUCCUAAGCUUUCGUGUAGUCUAGUUUGCUAGCUUGCAAGCUAAUUAGCUUGAGCUAAUGAAAAAGCAAAAAAAAAAAAAAAAAACGUUUUUAAUAAUGGUUCAACUUAGAAAAAAAAAAUAGGUAAUGAAAUAUUUUUGGAUUGUCAGUAUCAUGUAUUGCAUUUUUUGUUAAUUAGCCCCUCUUGGUGAACAACUACAGUUUAACUUGCAUUGUUUAGUUGUUGUUUUUUCAGUAUAUUGUAAUAAAGGUUUGUGCAAAAAUUAUGUAAGGUCAUAGGGCAAGUGACUAUUUUUUGCAAUUUAAAAAAAAAAGUCAAAGACCUGGAAUCCUCAUAUUUGGACAUAACGUGUAGCCUACAUGACCCAAAAUAUGAUGUCUACAUAUGUGGACAAGAAAGCCAGCCAAUCUCAUCGGACUAUAGGACGUGGUUCCAGUAAUCCAUGUGCUUUGUUGAACUGUUUGCGGGCUUUCUUGUGUACCGUCUUCAGAAUAGGCUUCCUCCUGAGGUGACAGCCAUGCACACCAAUUUGAUGGUGAGUGCGGAAUAUGGUCUGAGCACUAACAGGUUGGCACCCCCACCUCUUCAGUCUCUGCAGCAAUGCUGACAACACUCCUGUAACGAGUCACAUAACAUUUUGGAGGGAAAAUGACAAGCAGUACUCAAUUUGGACAUUUAGGGAUGUACGUUUUUACUAAGGGGUGUACUCACUUUUGGUGCUGGGGUUUAGAUAUUAAUGGCUAUAUUCUGAGUUAUUUUGAAGGGAAAAUAAAUGAACUCUAUUAUAUAAACUGCACGCAGACUACUUUUCAUUGUGUCAAAGUGUCAUUUUGUCAGUGUUGUCCCAUGAAAAGAUAAAUAUCUGCAAAAAUGCGAGGAGUGUACUCACUUUUGUGAUCUACUGUAUCCUGCUUUGAUAAUAAGUAGGGCUGUCAAAAUUAUCGCGUUAACGGGCGGUAAUUAAUUUUUAAAAUUAAUCACGUUAAAAUAUUUGACGCAAUUAACGCACAUGCCCCGCUCAAACAGAUUAAAAUGACAGCAGUGUAAUGUCCGCUUGUUACUUGUUUUUUGGUGUUUGGCGCCUGGGUCCAAAUGAUUUUAUGGUUUUCAGCACAAUGAGUGAGCUUGGUGUAAUUAUUGACAUAAACAAUAGCGAGCUACUAGUUUAUCUUUUGAUUGAAAAUUUUACAAAUUUUAAUAAAACGAAAACAUUAAGAGGGGUUUUUAUAUAAAAUUUCUAUAACUUGUACUAACAUUUAUUUUUUAAGAACUACAAGUGUUUGUAUCCAUGGAUUGCUUUAAGAGAAUGUUAAUAAUGUUAAUGCCAUCUUG